AUGUUGCCUGAGCAAACAGUCUGCACUGCAACAUGCCUUUGCUCCACUAGGACAGAAUGUUGUGCAGUGACUGUGACCCUUUGGGUGCUGUGUAUUUGACAGCUUGUCCUCAGGUUUAAAACAGAAAAUCUUACUUUUGAAAGAAUUAUAGUGGGCAAAUAUGGCAAGUCCAAAGAAAAAUAUGAACCUGACACUGUGAAUGACUACCAUACCUUCAAUGGAGUGCUUUAUCUGCCUGGACACUUUGAUGGGAAACCCUUGAGCUCAGUAUUAUAUUUUCCCAGUACGCAGCUGGUUCAAAUGUCAGUUCACUAUAUGACUAGUGAUUUAAAUCACUUAAAUGAAAUCCAAGUAGACAUGAGAGUGCAAAGUGAAAGUUUAUCAGACAAUGGAAGAGUUGGCUUUGUCCUGUAUCAAAAUGACAAACACUUCCAGUCAAGGAUUUAUCAGAGUCACAGUAGUUUCUCUAAACAAAUCAUCUCUGGUAACAUUGAUGGUGGAAGAACCCUGGAGGAUAAAUUUUAUUUCAACGUGGAUUUGAACACAUUUGAACUGCAACUGUGUGAUCCUGUCCGUGUCUUUUAGGACUACACUAUCAAGAACUAGAGCACUGCUGGCUGUGAAAAAGGAAGAGACCAGUUCUUGAGAUGCAGGUGUAAUCACGCUACUAAUUUUACUGUCCUGAUGGCCUUUCAGAUCAAACAUAAAUAUGUGAAGCCUUUGUAAUAUAUUUCUUACAUUACUGUUGGAUUGGCUAUGUCUGGUCUGGUCAUUGCUGUUUUGUUUCAAAUAGUCGCUAGUAUCAACGGAAAUGAGGAAAUAUUUUCUUGUUUUGCUCUCCUAUAUUCUCCUAAAUAUUUUCCUUCCGAAGGGAAAACUCAAAAGUCGUUUGUAAUGUGGAUAUUAGUGAGUCUCUAUUUCUCUACGCUCAUUUUUAACAUCAUCUUCAUCUCUGGAACUGAAAAAUCAAAAUGCCCAGAAUCACAGCAGAAAUACCACAAGCUACUAUGGGCAAUCUAUUCCAUAUGACACUGCCAGUAACACCUUACAUCUGACGUGAUAGAUCCUCCUAUAUACUCCCAGUGCACAACCAUAGCUGUCCUACUGCAGUGUUUUUUGUUGGCAACAUUUAUAUGGACAGCACUCAAUUCUGCAUGGUUGUAUUCACUGCUGCUUAGAGGCAUGAAGCCCCUGCCUGGAUACUUCCUUGUAACCAUAUCGAUAAUCAGAUGGGGAAUCCAUGCUGUAGUAGUUGCAAUAACACUUGGAGGUACUUAUAGAGAAGGAAAAGCUUUAGGACCUCAGAUUUGCAUUCUGUACACUUUCAGAUUACCAGUCUUAAAGAAAAAAGUUUCUGAAAUGUUUCUUGCUUUCUGGGUGCUAGAUGUAUCACUAUACCUGCAAUCAAAAACAUACUACAUUUCAAAAUCACAGUCUAAAUUGACAUUUGGAAGCCUCGGCUUUCAAGACAUUAAAGAAAAAGGCGUGUUUUCUGUUGCAUUUGUAACUUCAGGAAACAAGUAA